UAUGGCUCGCGUUCAGGAAGCCGUCCUGGUACUGUCCAUCAUUAUGGCAAGCGCUGCGGGAAUCACCUUCCAUUAUGGUGGAUAUUCAGGAAUGGGUGUAGGUCACAUAGUCCAACCAGUAAUAGCCUCGGUACCGUUCGUACAAACUCACUCAGAACCAUUCGAUCACCAUCCAAUUUACGGAUAUUCGUACACCGUUCAUGAUACACACAGCGGUGAUACCAAAACACAGGUUGAGACCAGAAAUGGUGAUUCUGUAAGAGGUCACUACAGUUUUAUGGAACCAGAUGGCAGUAGACGUACAGUCCAUUACACAGCAGAACCUCACACAGGAUUUAAUGCCGUAGUUCACAGAACUCCACCUCAAGGCAACUAAAGAAACAUGUUCCUUACUCUUCUGUAUUUCUUCACUGUGAUGUUCCUCCUACUCUAACUUAAUCUUGAUAUUCUCUAGCUUUUUUGUAUUACUUUUUUGUUACAUUUUCUAUGUAAGA